CUAAAAGUCAUCAUGGCUAUGGAAUCUGCAGCCCUUGAUGCCCAGAACCAGGGACCGACCAUUUUGGCGGUUUGCUGGCUUCUGGUCAUUAUUCCCGGCCUGAUGGUCGGGUUGAGAAUUUGGUGCAAGGUCGGACUGAGCAAGAGAGGCUUUGGCCUGGAUGACGCUAUCAUCUGCGUCGCCUGGUCUUUGCUCUUGAUAUAUACGGCUCUUAUCACUCGGUCUGUGAACAUGGGAGUUAUCGGUCGACAUGUAUUCGCUAUCGAAGACCCGGAAGUCAUACCGCCAGCUCUCAAGCUUUUAUAUAUCAGCUUCGUGAUUAUCAUCAUCGGCUGUGUCUUCAGCAAGACGUCUUUUGCUUUUACUCUCCUGCGUAUCGUGACCAAAACUUGGAUGAAGGUUCUCAUCUGGUUCAUCAUUGUCACGAUGAAUGCUAUCAUGUGGCUUUGUGCCAUAUGUUAUCUGGCUCAAUGCAAGCCGGCGGCGGCUCUUUGGAAUGCUGAGCUCCUGGCUACCGCGAAGUGCUGGCCGACAGAAGUUUUUGAAAUCAUUGCUCUUGUUGCCGGAGCAUAUUCUGGGUGCAUGGAUGUGAUUCUUGCUCUUCUACCAUGGGCGGUCCUCUGGGAUCUCGAAAUGAAGAAGCGAGAAAAGGCUGGUAUUGCACUAGCCAUGAGUAUGGGUGUCAUCGCCGCCAUUGCCGCAUUCAUCAAGACGUCGAAAUUGGUUAAUGUUGCCCAGGUCCAGGAUUUCACCUGGUUCUGCACUAGCAUCACAAUCUGGGCCUCUGUUGAGACAGGUCUUACUAUUUUCGCUGCCUCCAUCCCCGCCCUUCGUGUCCUUCUCGUUCGAAUCCGCUCCAGCUAUGACCGAUCAGAUUAUCCUUCCGGCAGCUAUAAUGGGGAAGAGAUCACCCUGCAAGCCCAUAAGGAAGGUAGCAGUGCUCGGAGUGUCAUCAGUGAGCAUGGAAUCAGUAUGACACAGGAGGUCACAGUGGAGCAGAAUGUGGCCGGUGUGAGGCGUCUAGAUGCUUAGUCGAAU